AUGACCGUCAUCUGUCAUUCCAUGCUACACGGCUGUCUAGGACAGCACAUUCUGUUUGCCCACGUGGCGCCAAUUUUGAUUCUGGAAGCAUUCUACGGCGGUUCCCACAAACAGCUGGUAGAUGUGUUGCUAAAAAAUCUCAAGGAGGAAGAGUACGAUCUGCUUACCAUUCCGGCGAAAAAAUGGCACUGGUGUGCACGGAUGAGUGCGUUACACUUUGCCGGCCGCAUCUCUACUGCCCACCGGUACCAAACCAUCUUCUGCAGCUCGGUACUGAACCUAGCUGAGCUGAUUGGAAUGCGAACGGAUCUCGCUGCCUGCCGGAAGAUUGUUUACUUUCACGAAAAUCAACUGUGCUACCCGGUCAGGGAUGCGAAACAGCGUGACGUCCAGUAUGGAAUCAACCAGAUAACGACGUGCCUUUGUGCUGAUAGGAUACUGUUUAACUCACGGUACAACAUGAACUCCUUUCUCGAUAGCAUAGAAUCGUUUUUAAGGAAAGUACCCAACAUGAGCUUCCAGGGAGUGAGAGAGAAAAUUGUCCCAAAGUGUGACGUUCUGCACUUCCCGGUGGAGUUUAGAAAGCUGACAAAGAGAGGUGUUAAAGCAGAGAAAGAAGAUAGUCCUCCUCUCCACAUCAUUUGGCCUCAUCGCUGGGAGCACGAUAAAAAUCCGGAACAGCUGGUCGACGCGUUGCUGGCACUUCAGGCGAAGGGGGUCAACUUUCGCGUCUCAAUACUGGGCGAACGAUUCGAAACCAUUCCCAGUUGCUUUGAGCAGCUGGAGGAGCGAUUGCAGGGGAAGGUGGCACAGUUUGGACCACUGCCGAGGGAGGAGUAUUUGCGCACGUUGGCCGAAGGGGAUGUGGUACUGUCCACCGCGCUGCACGAGUUUUACGGAGUAGCAAUGCUUGAAGCGGUUUACAGUGGAUGUGUGCCGUUGGUUCCGAACCGGUUAGUUUAUCCCGAGCUCUAUCCAAAGGAUAAGCUGUUCAAUACAACGGCACAGUUGGUAAAGCAGCUGUACAAUUGGUGCCGUAAUCGUGUGCUGUUUGAAAAGCAUCGCGAAGAAUUUUUUGGUAAAAUUAGUCUUGGUGGUUAUUCGGCGGAGCAGCUUGUGCCGCAAUUCAUCGCCAUUCUAAGGAAUACAGAAUGAAGGAUGAGAGCACGAAUAUCUUCAACUUCUCCAAUAACUGCACCAGGAAGUGAAAACGGCUCCAUACUACAGUCCCCAUCAUUGCAAGCCCAUCAAGCGGAGGACGCAUUCCACCGAGUAACAUCGGGAUUUUCAACAGAAAAGCUAUUUGGCCAUCUACUCACCGGGUGAAAACAGGAUUACCGCCUUCAUGCAUCCCAGCUCGCUUAGGUCGGGCGAAAUCUGGCGAAAGCGGCAGAGAAUCUCCUGCAUCGUCUUCAUCUCGAGCUGGGUCGCUGCGUCCGGUGGCAAC